AUGGUUUAUUCGCCCCUAUCGAGAAGUUUCCACUUUCCAUCAUCUCCAGAAGUGUUCGCCAGGCGACCUAAAGCAAACAGAAGUGCCCGAAUGCUGACGGAGGAAGACGGAUACCUCAAGGUUAAAAGUAAACAGGGCCGCAAAUCGAAGGAACCGACUCCGCAAGCAGCAGACCUAGCACUAGCAGCAGACCACUUGGCACCAGCAGCAGACCACUUGGCACCAGCAGCAGACCACUUGGCACCAGCAGCAGACCACUUGGCAGCAUCGUACGACGAGUCACCACCGAUGUCCUCCAUGUCUUCGCCAUUGUCGCCCCUAAUCACACCGUCAAUGCCCAUACCGACUAUAGCGUCAUCCGCCAAGGAAGCACCCAAGUCCCCGCCGCCGCGGGCCACGUGCACGGCGCCACUGCCGCAGUCGCAAGAGCCUUCUACCAGCAGAUGCUGCCCCAAGGCUUCUUCUCCCGACUCAUCAUCAGAUGAUGUGAGCGAUGAGGACGACAACUGUGUUGUUUGCAACAGAAGAUGGCCGAAAAAUGUCAAGAAAACUGGAGGUCCAAAGAUAAUACUUUGGGCCCGAUGCGACAAGUGCUACAGCUGGGUUCACCUGAAGUACUGUUGCAACAGAGUGACGGAACCAACGAUCGAAGAAGAAUUUCUGUGUCCCAUUUGCAGCGUUGGAACGAGGAAAAGGGAACUAUAA